AUGACAGCAAGCGCCUUUGAGAUAGUGCUUGCAGUACCAAUGGAAUGUGGCUCAUGUGUUGAGCUGGUCACAAAUGCCUUAAAACAUUUGAAAGGUAUCGACAAGUUUGAUAUCAAUUUGAAAUCCAACUUAGUCACCACAGAAGGCACUCUCCCACCCAGUGAGAUUGUUAAAGCGAUCCAAGCUACAGGAAGGGAUGCAAUAAUUCGUGGUACUGGUAAACCUGACUCUGCUGCUGUCUGCAUACUUGAAUCGUUUGAUCCCAAGGAUCGAUUUAAGCCAGUCAAGGGGUUGGCAAGAAUAGUUAAAGUCUCUCCACAAAAUGUAUUUGUUGAUCUCACAGUCAAUGGCUUGCCCAAGGGAACAUACUACCCUUCAAUUAGAGCUUCUGGAAACUUGUCGGAGGGAGCAUUAUCUACAGGUAAAUUAUUCUACGAGUUGGACCCAGUCGAGGUGACACAACCUUCAACCGCCAGUACCACUAUCAACUCACUCGGUGCCAGUCAAGACUCAGGGAACUUGUUUGCUGGACAGUCAUUCUUAUUUGCAAAGCUAACUCCCAGUGAGAUUAUUGGAAGAAGUAUCGUAUUGUCAAGGUUGCAGAAUGAGGUUACAAAGGACUCGCUUGUUGGUGUUAUUGCUAGGUCUGCCGGUGCAUGGGAAAACGACAAACAGGUUUGUAGCUGUAGCGGAAAAACAAUCUGGCAAGAGAGAACAGAUGCCAAAGCUCAUGGUGUCGCUGUUUAG